UUCUAUAAGCAUACCGUAAUGUAUAUUUUUUAUACACUUGGGUGGACCAUACUAUAGGAAACAAGGGUGAUUGACUGCCCAACAUACUUUGUGGUUGGUUAAAACAUUUCCGGAUUAGGUGCGCCCGGGUCUCACCCAACGCAGUGUGGUACUGCUGUGGAGCCCACGUUGAUGCAUGUAUUGUAUAUCCAAGCUAUCCAUCCAUAUUUUUGCUCCUUUUGAGGGGAAAAAAAAAAGGUACGUCCAAAUCUCAAGUGGACCACAGUGCUGAUUGAAUUCCCACCAUUAAAAAUUUCGUAGGGCUCAAUGUAAUACCCACCGUGAGUUUAUUUGCCAUCAAACCUGUUGAUCAGGACACAAGGACCUGGAUGAUGGGAAAAACAAAUAUCAGCUUCAUCAAAAACUUUUGUAGCCUACAAAAAUUUUGUAGCAGUUGAGAUUCAACAACUACUGUUUCCUCCAAUAUGGUUCACCAGAUAUUUGGAUCUGCUUCAUUUUUUUGGAUUGGUGAACGAGAUAUUUGGAUCUGCUUCAUUUUUUUGGUUCAUGCUCUAAAAUGAUCUGAAAAAAUGAUGGAAGACGUUGAUAUACAAUAUAUACAUCAAGGCAGGGCUGAUUCAAUACCACUGAUAAAGCUGCUGUGAUUGGAUCUGCUCAUUUUUGGUUUUUCCUAUGUAACGGGGGACUUCACUUCUUAAAAUUUAGUGCGUUGAUGCUUGUCCAUUUCUGUGCACCCAACAAUCCUGUAUGCGGCUCAUAUAAAGAUGUUUUUUUUUUCUUUCUAAUUGUUUAGCACAUUUCAUUUCGGUUAACUUGUCAUCUGAAGCUUACAGUUCAAGUUCUGUGAUAUUCUUAUAUUUGCAACUUCUUUUACUUUGACUUCUUUAUUACUUGCAUCAACUUCUAAAGUUACCCCCCAGUAAUUCCAACAAACCGCUCGGCUUAUUUACUGUAGUUUAUCUUUGUUUUGCUUUUCUAUCAGCAGCUCAGUUAUCUUAGCUGUAGAGAGUAACAGUUUUACUGUGAAAACUUAUUUCAAUGUUGGAAGUCCUUUUAUUGAAAGUACCAGCACUGAGUCUAGUGUCUGCAUCUGUUGCAGGCUCUGGAGAUGGAACCUUGCAUGCAUGGAGCAUCAGCAGAUGCAAUGACGCUGCCAUUAGAAUCUUGGCCCGUCAACUCGUCCGUCUGAGGCAGCAAAUCACCAACUUGCAAGGGAGUCAUGCACAGAUCAGAGGGGUAGCAACUCAUACACAGGCCAUGUAUUCCAAUACUUCCAUCUCUGUUGGAAUGAAAGGUGCAAGCAAAGCAAUGGCAGCUAUGAAUAAACGAAUGGCACCAGCAAAGCAGGCCAAAGUGAUGCAAGAAUUCCAACAGUCAGCACAAAUGGACAUGACGUUAGAUUAA